CCUCACCUCAGACCUCUGAUCCUUCAGCGUCUUCCUCCUGGAGUAAACCUGCUCGGGUGUCUCUGCCAGCUAAAACUCAGAGACGGAGUGCUGAGUCCUGUCGAUCAGGGAACAGCUACGAGCGGGAGAUGUUCCGCCCUGGUCCUACACGAGAUUUGGAAAAAGAGAAGAGGAGGCUUCAGAAUGUCAUGUCCACAGGCAAAGAAUCCUCACCUGAACCUCUGAAACCUGAAAACACCACUGAGGACAUCGAUCGCUAUCAGGAAG